CACCUCUAUGCCUAAUUAAACCACGGCUGGUUUCACGCCUGAACCUUCCUCAAACUCUCUUAAAAAAGCUGCAACAAACCUCUUGGGAUUAACGGUUUCCAAAUCUCAGAGAUUAAACCCUUCUCUCUUUUUUAUUCUUUAGUCCCGUUUUCCUCAUAUACAAAUGCAUCACAACCUAAACUCUCUACUCCGUCAUGGGUUUCUCUAAUCAAACCUUGAAGCAUUUCUUUGCUUUUCUUGUCAUCUCCUUGGCCUUCCUCCUCCUCUCCUAUUAUUCUUCCCCUGCCUCAUGCAAUGAAACCCUUCCCAAGAUCAGCAGCACCGAUCCUUCCAACCGCCGACCAGCCGCCGCUUACCAAGUGUUGCGCAUCAAGAACGCCACGCCCUUCUUCUUGAACAGGCCGGACAGGGGAUUGGAGAAGAAGAGGAAGAGGAAGAUGAUGAAACGGAGGAAGAUCAACAUGGACAGAAACUUCAAAACCGGGCCUUUUACUGUCAUGCUCCCCAAGGGCUUUGUACCUCCUUCCGGUUCAUCUCCAUGCCACAAUGACAAGCCCGACUCGGCGGUCGCACCGGACCUCAUCUGUGGCCUCUCCGGUACUACUGCAAAACCCUAGAGCUCCAUGUUUUCAUCUGAAAACUAAACAGAUAAAAGAAAGACGAAUGGUUGGUACCAGUGGAUUUUGUUGUCCUCAGCUUUCCACUUUGUUAUUCAAUCUUUCUUCUUCUUCGUCUUCUUUGUUUCCUUUUUCUUGAACUCCUUGAUCGAUGGAAAAGCAAUAUUAUACCAAUCUUGUAAUGUGGGAUAAAUAUAAUAAAAGCGGAAAGUAAAUAGA